AAACAAACAAGUUCAUUUGAAUAAAAAUCACGUUCAUGGCCGACACCCACUGCUGCUCAGGGUCAUGGGAGGAGGAGCCAAUUCUGAACGUGGGUUUACACGCACUGGGAUCAAACCAGUGACCUUGUUGUGAGGCAACAAUGCGAGCCGCUGGACCACCAUGUGUAACAGGGUCAUCGUGACACGCACACACACUGACACAAAGUGAUGCACAGAGGAGAUGGAGUGAUGCAGGAUGUAUUGAAUCUCCUCCUCCUCUUGUGUCUCCUCCUCCUCCUUCCUUGAUGAUGGUCACCAGAACAAUGCCUGACAGGAAGUAGCUGCUGCUGUUUCCUUUCUCUCACUUUUCUGUUUCUUGUUUGAACAACGAUGGACGUCCACGUCGUCCUUUUACUGCUGAGCUUCAGCUCUUUCAUAACAGUGAGAAGCCACAGAGGGCGCAGAGGAGUUACCGCCCCAGUACCCAACACAGCGCCAGCGCGUGUGGAUGAUGUCAUUGACAUCAUAACUGACAUCAUAACUGACCUUCACACUGGGAGGUCGAUCACAAACCCUGAUCUUUCACCCUCAGUCACCAGAAUGUUCUUCUCAUCCCGUCCACCAGAGGUCACCCAUUACAUGUCAGAGACUCCGUCACUCAGGACUAACACGUUGUUCUCCUCGUCCUCAUCCAUGUCCUCCACAGGUCUAACAUGGAAUUCUGAGGACACCUCAGAAACUCCACCCACACCUCAACCUUCCACUUUUUCCACCAUGGGGACAGAAACUGCACCCACUUCUCAGAAUACAAUCAAAGUAAACUUCAUCUUCUAUCCACAGAGCGUGCUCUCCUCUCCUCCAAUCUCAUAUACUCCACCCACAUCAGUCCCACCCACAUCUGCUCCAACUAUAACCCCAACAGUUGGAAAGAUGACAACCUCAGAACUGAUGGUCCCGCCCACAAGUCCAACGAACACCUCUGUAAACUUACCUGUCGCCACCAAAACUACCACCGCUGCAACUACUGGCACCACUGCAGCCACGACGAUCCAAAGGACUCCACCCACUACUGAGACCAUGACAAUCCAAAGGACACCACCUACUACUGAGACCAUGACGAUCCAAAGGACACCACCUACUACUGAGACCUCAAUGAUCCAAAGGACAUCACCUACUACUGAGACCAUGACGAUCCAAAGGACAUCACCUACUACUGAGACCAUGACGAUCCAAAGGACAUCACCUACUACCGAGACCAUGAUGAUCCAAAGGACACCACCCACUACCGAGACCAUGACGAUCCAAAGGUCACAACCUACUACUGAGACCAUGACGAUCCAAAGGACACCACCUACUACUGAGACCAUGACCUUCCAAAGGACACCACCUACUACUGAGACCUCGACGAUCCAAAGGACUCCACCCACUACUGAGACCAGGAUGAUCCAAAGGACACCACCCACUACUGAGACCAUUACGAUCCAAAGGGCACCACCCACUACUGAGACCAUGAUGAUCAAAAGUACACCACCCACUACUGAGACAGUGACGAUCCAAAGGACACCACCCACUACUGAGACCGCGAUGAUCCAAAGCACACCACCCACUAUUGAGACCGCAACGAUCCAAAGGACACCACCCACUAGUGAGACUGCAACGAUCCAAAGGACACCACCCACUACUGUGAUUGCGGCGAUCCAAUGGACACCACCCACUACUGAGACCUCGACGAUACAAAGGACACCACCCACUACUGAGACCACAACGAUCCAAAGGACACCACCCACUACUUUGAUCACGGCGAUCCAAUGGACACCACCCACUACUGAGACCUCGACGAUCCAAAGGACAUCACCCACUACUGAGACCUCGACGAUCCAAAGGACACCACCCACUACUGAGACCUUGACUAUCCAAAAGACACCACCCACUACUGAGACCAUGACAAUCCAAAGGACACCACCCACUACUGAGACCUCGACGAUCCAAAGAACACCACCCACUACUGAGACCUCGACGAUCCAAAGGACACCGCCCACUACGGAGACCUCGACGAUCCAAAGGACACCACCCACUACUGAGACUGCGACGAUCCAAAGGACACCACCCACUACUGAGACCGCGACGAUCCAAAGGACACCACCCACUACUGAGACAGCCACGAUCCAAAGGACACCACCCAGUACUGAGACCUCAACAAUCCAAAGGACACCACCCAUUACUUUGACCUCAACGAUCCAAAGGACACCACCCAUUACUUUGACCUCAACGAUCCAAAGGACACCACCCACUACUGAGACCAUGAAGAUCCAAAGGACAACACCCACUACUAAGACCACAACGAUCCAAAGGACACCACCCAUUACUGAGACCUCGACGAUCCAAAGGACACCACCCACUACUGAGACCUCGACGGUCCAAAGGACACCACCCACUACUGAGACUGCUACAAUCCAAAGCACACCACCCACUACUGAGACCAUGACGAUCCAAAACACACCACCCACUACUGAGACCAUGACGAUCCAAAGGACACCACCCACUACUCAGACCUUGACGAUCCAAAAGACACCACCCACUGCUGUGAUCGCGAUAAUCCAAAGGACACCACCCAUUACUGAGACCUCGACGAUCCAAAGGACACCACCCACUACUGAGACCUCGACGGUCCAAAGGACACCACCCACUACUGAGACUGCUACAAUCCAAAGCACACCACCCACUACUGAGACCAUGACGAUCCAAAACACACCACCCACUACUGAGACCAUAACGAUCCAAAGGACACCACCCACUAUUGAGACCGCGACGAUCCAAAGGACACCACCCAGUACUGAGACCUCAACAAGCCAAAGGACACCACCCACUAUUUUGACCUCAACGAUCCAAAGGAAACCACCCACUACUGAGACCUCGACGAUCCAAACGACACCUCCCACUCCUGAGACUGCGACAAUCCAAAGGACACCACCCACUACUGAGACUGUGACGAUCCAAAGGACACCACCCAGUACUGAGACCUCAACAAGCCAAAGGACACCACACACUAUUUUGACCUCAACGAUCCAAAGGACACCACCCACUACUGAGACCUUGACGAUCCAAAGGACACCACCCACUACUGAAACCACAAUGGUCCAAAGGACACCACCCACUACUGAGACUGCAACGAUCCAAAGCACACCACCCACUACUGAGACCACGACGGUCCAAAGCACACCACCCACCACUGGGACCUUGACGAUCCAAAGCACACCACCCACUACUGAGACUACGACGGUCCAAAGCACACCACCGACUACUGAGACCUUGACGAUCCAAAGGACACCACCCACUACUGAGACCGCGACGAUCCAAAGCACACCACCUACUACUGAGACCAUGACGAUCCACAGGACACCACCCACUACUGAGACCACAAUGAUCCAAAGGACACCACCCACUACUGAGACCACAACGAUCCAAAGGAGCAGCAUAACUACAUCUGCCCCUGGUCCACCUGCUCCACGCUGCACGGUGAAUGUGACAGGGCUCAGUUUAGGGUCACGUUCAGGGGUGGUGACGGUCACCACCGGUGGUCUGUCAUGUGACUUCAGCCUGAUCGUUGAACACGACACACAGGCUCAGACAGGCGACUGCGACCCAUAUGGAGCCACUUUGAACCACUUCCUGUGUCAAGCUGAAGGUUUGGAACCUGGGACUUUGUACCAGUUCACUGUGGUUUCAAUGAGCGAUGGAGAGAAGAGCAGCAUGCCAGCACACACAGACCCAGUCAGUCCGGCCGGCUUGGAGGUCCAACUGGACCAGCUUCAGUACGAUUCUCCUGGUGUGAGGGUGUCCUGGUCUCGUUCUGCGGGUCAUGUGGACUGGUAUGAUGUGACAUUAGAGGACACUAACUCUGGAUCCACCCAUAGUACCAGAAUCAUGGGCUCAGCAAUGCCCCGUUCUGGGUUCAGCUCCCUGGUCCCUGGUACUCGGUACACACUGAGCGUGGUGGCUACCAGUGGGAACAGGAGCGCCACACCUGUCCUCACCACAGCAGCUACAGCUCCCUCCUCUGUCCGUGGUCUCCAGGUGGCAUCCUUGUCCUCAGACAGCCUUGCGGUGUCCUGGCAGCAGGGGGUGGGCAGAACCGAGCAGAUCAGGGUUCUGCUGACAAAUGUGGACGGUGUUCUGCUGAAGAACGUCACUCUUAAAAAUACAACAAUGUCGACUGAACUGGAUGGUCUGCGGCCAGGGACUCUGUACACUGUCACCGUGGUAACAGAGGCUGUAAGCCUGCAGAACUUCAUCUCCAGGGAGGCUGCCACAGUCCCUGCGGCAGUCACAAACCUGAGGCUUGACAACAAUGGCAGCUCACGCAGUCUGCUGGCAUCCUGGGUGUCACCUGAAGGAAGUGUGGACUUUUACCAGGUCACCUUAUCGGCUCCAGGAUCACCCACCCAACAGCGCCAUCUACUGCCCAAUAUCACCCGGGUGACAUUUGGGGGUCUGACACCCGGUCGCUGCUAUGAGCUGUUUGUCAGAACCAGAGCUGGAGGUCACAGUUCAGAUUCAACGACUAAAGGGAGGACAGUUCCUGGUCCAGUGAAGUCCCUGUCCAUGUCUCCCGUUGGUGAAGAGAGGACACUGAAGCUCAGCUGGACUCCCCCCUCAGGUGAUUGGGAGAACUACAGCAUUGUACUGAGGAACAGGUCAGUGGUCGUUGUUAACGAGACAACAAAUAAACUGAGCCGACACUUGGAGUUCUCCGGCCUCGACCUGGUUCCAGGACGACUCUACAGGGCAGAGGUCACAGUUCACAGUGGUAUCCUGAAAAACAUCGCAGUCUGCGACGGACGACUGGCGCCGCGUCCUGUGCAGCAGCUGUUGGUGCGUCACGUCGACGACACGACCCUGAGCGUCCUGUGGCGUCGACCAGUUGGUGAGUGGGAUGGUUUCACCGUGCUACUCAGGAGGGUGGAGUCUGCCACCGUGGUGGCUCAGAGGCUCCUCCCCUGGGAGUCGAGAGAAUGCACUUUUAACCUCCUCACCCCGGGACGUUGCUAUGGCGUCACUGUGAUGACCAACAGCGGGAACUUGAGUAGCUCUGCAUCUGUUAUGGCGCAGACUGCUCCAGCUCAGGUGUCCAGGCUGCAUGUCUCUAACCUCGGCACCGUGGACAGUCUUCAGGCUCAGUGGGGACCAGCUGAUGGAGAUCUGGACUCGUAUCAAGUCCUUUUAAUCCACGACAGCAGCGUCAUUAAGAAUGUGAGCGUUGAUGCUAACACCAGCACCAUCAGCUUCCAGUCUCUGAGGCCAGGAGCUCUGUACACGCUGGUGCUGACCAGCGUCCGAGCAGGACACACGUCCAGACAGACGGUCGCUGAGGGACGUACAGUCCCGUCCUCUGUUGCCGAGGUGACGGUCAGUAAUAAUGGACGCAUGGACUUCCUCAGCGUGUCGUGGCGCCCGGCUGCAGGUGAAGUGGAGAGUUAUCUGGUGACCCUGAGGGACCGGGAGAAGGUUCUUCACACUCUGGUCGUUUCUAAGUCCAGCCCAGAGUGUGUGUUUAACUCUCUGGUGUCCGGACGCCUCUACAACAUCUCCAUCUCCACCCGCAGCGGCGUCUACUACAACCACACUUUCAUCCUGGAGAGAACACAACCAUCAAAGGUCCAGAACCCGACAGCGACCCACGCCGCCCGAGACGACUACCUGAAGGUGUACUGGCAUCAUGCGGCCGGAGACUUGGACCUAUACCAGGUCUUCAUCAAACACAACAACGUAUUCCUGCAGAACCAGACGGUGGACAAGUCGCAGAACGAGUGUGUGUUUCACGGUCUGGUGCCCGGCCGACUCUACACCAUCCUGGUGAACACUCAGAGUGGCAAAUAUGAGGCCAGCAUAUCCACGCACGGCAGGACCUUCCCGGCAACAGUCCGGUCCCUGGCUCUGGCUGGGCAGGGCACAGAGGAGCUGAAGGUAACAUGGUGGCCUGCUCCAGGUGAUGUGGAUCACUACGAGGUGCAGCUGCUCUUCAGUGACAUGAAGGUGUUUCCUCCUGUGACUCUGGGCAGCAGCGUGGCCGAGUGUGUCCUGUCUUCAUUGACGCCUGGACGUCUUUACAAGAUACUGGUCUCUACCUUCAGCGGCCCCAACCAGAGGACACUCUUCAUUGAGGGGCGCACAGUUCCGAGCAGAGUGAAGAACAUCCACCUGAGCAGCAGUGAGGAUAGCAGUCUGAAGGUGAGCUGGACGCCAGGAGAGGGCGACGUAGACCAACAUUCUGUGAUUCUGUUCAGAGAUGACCGACAGCUCGACGUCCGACGUGUCCCAAAACACCAGAACCAGGUGACAUUUGGGUCUCUGCAGCCUGGACAGAAGUACAGGGUGACGGUGAUGUCAGUGAGCGGAGAACUGUUCAACAACAACACUGCCUCGGGACGAACAAUUCCUGCCGCAGUGAAGGCGCUGCAGGUGGAGAACCUUCACACUACCUGCAGCCUCCAGGUGAGCUGGCAGGAAGCUGUGGGCGUGGCUGACGGCUACAUUCUGCAGGUGCUAGAUGACAGAGGCACUUUGGUGAUGAAUGCCUCGCAGACACACGGACGCACCAGCUACAGGUUUGACCGCCUCACACCGGGAAGGAAAUACCGAGUCCUGGUCCAGACCGCCAGUGGAGGUGUCUUCAGCACCGGGGUCAGCGCCGAUGCACGGACACGUCCUGCUGUUGUCACUGAUCUGUCCAUUAAGUCCAACACCACCAGCAGCCUGUCUUUCCUCUGGUCUCCACCGGAGGGCGACUUGGACCUGUAUGAAGUCGUCCUGUAUCGCAGCGAUGAGUCGCUGCAGGAGCGACGCCGUCUUCUGGCCAAUGGGCGCCAGUGCACCUUCCAUGGUCUCACACCUGGAAGGGCGUACAAGGUGGUGAUUGUAACUCUGAGCGGUGAGCAGAGCAACCAGACGUUCAUGUGGGCCAGGACAGUACCAGCAGCUGUUCUGUCCCUCAGAGUCGGGACUGGAAACCAGUCCGACUCUCUGCUGGUGACGUGGGAUCGCGGUGUCGGUGACGUGAGCGGCUUCCUGUUGUGUCUUUAUGACCAUGGUGGUGAGCAUCGAGCAGCGGAGCAACUGGGUCCAGAGGUCACUGGGUUUGUCUUCUCGGGUCUGGUCCCAGGACGACUGUAUCGAGCCGAGAUGCUGAGUCUGAGUGGUGAGCUCUGUAACAGAGUCGGCGCCGUGGGUCGGACCGCUCCACGACCUCCAACUUCCAUCCUGUUUGGGGCCGUAACCAACACCUCUUUGGAGAUGACCUGGAACAGUCCUGUAGAUUCCGACUAUGAUAACUUCGACCUUCAGUGGACUCCAGAGGAUCAGCUGUCCAUCAUCAACCCUUACCACAGCCGCACAUCCGGCAGCCGCCUCCUGAGGGGGCUGUUCCCUGGACGACUCUACACCUUCAGUCUCCGCACAGUCAGCGGCACGACAGAACCCGGGACCUGGCUCACAUACAGCACACCAAUCCACUACAGCAUCAGAACCAAGCCAGAGCGAGUCCAGAGCCUCCACUGUCAUCCUCAGAGCUCCACCUCCAUCGCUUGCUCCUGGGCACCUCCAGUGGCCGACUAUGACUCCUACAUCAUAGAUUGUCUCCACAAGGAUUCGUGGACACUGGUCUACUCCCGACGCACUGGGAAAAACGCCACCGCCUACGUUAUCACGGAGCUAGAGCCACAUAAACACUACAGUGUCUCAGUGAAGGUAAUGUCGGACAGGACAACCAGCGAUGAGGCUCAGGACAGCGUGGUCACCAUGAUCGACCGUCCUCCAGUCCCACCCCUCCGCAACAGGGUCAGUCAGAAGGUCGUUGUGGUCACCACUUCCUCCAUCACCUUUAAGUUCAACUGCAGCUGGUUCAGUGACGUCAACGGUGCCAUUAGGUUCUUCACUGUGGUAGUGACCGAGUCAGAAGGUUCUAUUAAUGUGCAGCCAGUGCAGCAGCACCCACUACCUUCCUACCAGGACUACAGAUCCAACAGUUCCAUCAAGUUCUACCAGACCAGCUACUUCACCAGUCACUGUGGACAGGGCCCCGACUCCGCCCAAAGCUUCCAGAUCAGUCUGGGGACGGGGAUGAAGCCACUGGGGGGCACCUGUGAUCCAGAGACCAGCAAAGACCAGAAUCACUUCUGUGACGGGCCACUGAAGCCUAAGACGGCCUACAGACUCAGUGUCCGAGCGUUCACUCAGCUGUUUGGUGAAGACAACAGCGCCACCACUGUCUCUCCUCUGUAUGCCGACACUUACCUGUCACUUCCUGUCAUCACUGAAGCUGAGCCUCUGAAUGGUGUGAUCGAGGGCGUCAGUGCUGGUCUGUUCCUCAUCGCCAUGAUGGUGGGAGUCAUCGCUCUGAUCAUCUGUAAACACAAGGAUCACAAAGUUGUUGAGGAGAGAGCGACCAUUGGGAUGAAUGUAAAGAGAGAGAGAGCACCAUCAGCAGGUCAUCUUGGGGUCAGAGGGCACCGCCACAUCUCCAGUCCUGUUAGGAUCAUGAACUUUGAAUCUCACCUCCUCAAACUUCAGGCUGACUCCAGUUACCUGCUCUCAGAGGAAUACGAGGACCUGAAGGACGUCGGUCGUAAUCAGCCUAUGGACUCUGCGCUGCUGCCAGAGAACCGCGGGAAGAACCGAUACAACAACAUCUUGACCUAUGACUCGACAAGAGUGAAGUUGUCCUACAUAGAUGACGACCCCUGCUCAGAUUAUAUCAAUGCCAGCUACAUCCCGGGUAAUAACUUCCGUCGGGAGUACAUCGCCACUCAGGGACCUCUGCCCGGGACCAAAGACGAAUUCUGGAAGAUGGUGUGGGAGCAGAACGUCCACAACAUUGUGAUGGUCACUCAGUGUGUGGAGAAAGGACGAGUAAAGUGUGAUCAUUAUUGGCCGUUUGACCAGGAUUCUCUGUUCUAUGGAGAUCUGAUCGUCAGGAUGACGUCAGAGUCUGUUUUACCUGAGUGGACGAUACGAGAGUUCAACAUGUGCAGCGAGGAGCAGCUCAGCUUCUCUCGUCUGAUUCGUCAGUUUCACUACACUGUGUGGCCUGAUCAUGGUGUUCCAGAGACGACUCAGUCCCUGAUCCAGUUUGUCAGAACUGUCAGAGACUAUGUCAACAGAAGCCCAGGAUCUGGACCCACCGUGGUCCACUGCAGUGCUGGUGUUGGUCGUACUGGGACCUUCAUUGUUCUGGACCGAGUUCUACAGCAACUCGACACCAAAGAUACAGUGGACAUCUACGGUUCUGUGUUUGACCUGAGACUACACAGAUCACACAUGGUCCAGACUGAGCGUCAAUACUCUUUCCUGCAUCAGUGUGUCAGAGAUGUUCUCAGAGCCAGAAGACUUCUCCACAGUGAGCAGGAGAACUCUCUCUGUAUGGUCUAUGAGAACAUGAAAGUGAGCAGUCAUAGAGAAACACUGAACUCCAGACGUUAAACCUCAACAAGAAAUGACAUCACACAACUGUAUAUACAUACAAACAAAUAUAUAUAUAUGUACGUAUACAUCAUGUGUUCAUCAUAUAAACAGUAAAUAAAUUACAAUUAAAUUAUA